CCGCUCGCAGCGUGCACAGCCGGCCGCCGGGUUGGCACUGCGCAUGCGCGGAGCGUUGACCGCGCUCCAGGCAGCGGAGUCCAGCGCAGCGUCCCGCGCCGACGUAUCCGCCGCCGCCGCCGCUGCCCGUGCCUUCUCAAGCAGGAUGGGUACCCGUGUAGCAGCUACUGCUGGUCAUUUCCCAGACAAGAGCCUAUCGGGAGUGCCACGACUACUGGAAGACCUCGCUCGGCUUGCCGAGGAUCACGAUUCUGCAGACAUCGUCUUUCUUGUGGGACGAGAGGAGGUGCCUGUUUAUGCUCACAGGCUUAUACUCAUGGUCAGGUGUAAGAGCUUCCAGACGGCCAAGCGUGGUGAAGUGUGCCGCAUCCCGGGCUGCUCUGUGUCCCCAGCAGCCCCAGGCACGCCCACCCCAGUGCGGCUGCCACACUUCCAGCCGGACACGUUCCGCAACUUCAUGCUUUAUGUGUACACCGGAAAGAUCAUACUACAGGACAGUGGUGUGUUUGAGAUGUUGACCUUAGCACAAGAAUUAGGAGUAGAAGAACUGAAGAAAACUUGUGAAGAUCAUGUAACAUCAACAUUGUCAGUCCUGAAUGCAUGCACAUUCUUGGCUGCUGCUAUGGAAAUACAGGACCAGGCAGCAGGUGGCAAGUGUACCAAAUCAUUUGUGGAACGAUGCAUUUCAUACAUCGGAGAAAAUGCCACAGGGUGUGUUAAGACCAAUUCAUUUCUUAAUUUGCCAAAGGAAGCCCUUAUUAAGUUGAUUUCUUCAGAUUAUCUUGCACUUGAAGAAGAAGAUGUGUGGCGAGCUGUGUUAAACUGGGCCAAAUAUCAAGCAGGUGUUACACAACCAACAGCCCACUGGACUGAGGAGGAAAGAGCACGAGUAUGUCAGCACCUUGCUGGAGUCAUCAACCAUGUUCGACUUUUACUUAUAGACAGCCAGGUUUUUGCAGAAGAGGUGGAGCCCACAGGAGCUGUGCCAAUGGAACUCUCUUUGGAAAGAUACCGCUAUGCAGCUCUUCCAAACAAAUUCCGUGAGAACUGUGAAGAUAAACGUCUGCAGCCAAGAGUUUUUCUCAAGUUCUUCCCAGAUUCACAGAUCCUUGUGCAGGACAAGACAUCUUAUCACAGAGUGUUAAACAACUGGUAUGGCUCUGCAAAGCAAGUGUGGAGACUGGUGUAUCGUGCAUCCACGCACGGCUAUUCUGCAGAAGCAUUCCACCGCCAUUGUGAUGGGAUAGCACCGACAUAUGUGAUUGCAUUGGGUGCAACAUCAGAGAUUUGUGGCGGUUUCAGUGAUGUCCCAUGGGAGAAGACAAACAUUACAGGCCACUACAUUCCUUCACAAAAGGCUUUUCUUUUUACACUGCCAAAUAAUCCAGAUUUAUCACCAACCAAAUUUAACAUAGUAAAGAAGAUGUUUGCAAUAUGCUACCAUCCAGACUGUGGCCCCAUCUUUGGAGCUGGAGCAGAUCUGCUUAUUUCGAGCAACUGCAACAACAACAUGGACAGUUAUUCCAAUUUGCCACAUUCCUACGAUGGAGAAAAUGCCUCGUGUCUUGCUCUUAUGGGAGAUUACAAUUUUACCGUGCGUGAUUAUGAGGUUUUUACACCUGCUGGAAAAUAAACUGCACACUUCAAGUCAUGUUGUGGCAUUUAUGUGUAUUUAUAGGUAACGAAGUUUCCUGUUUACUUAAUUUCAUUCAUAUAAACAAUGUUUCCUGCAUCUACAAUCAAAAUCUGGAUAUGAGGGUCAGAAUUAAAAUCAUGAACAAUCCACUUUUAUGAGUGUUAAUUUUUAGACAAACUAUGUACAUAAUCUUAAUCUACAGACUUCUCUGUCACUUAUUGUUAUAAUCUCAAUUUCUUUGCACACAAUUUACAUGUGAUUCUGUAAAUUCGAAAAUGUUUUUGCAGUAGAAUUCCAUUAUGGUUAUUUGAAUACACUGAUGCACCACUUUCAGGAUGCCCUCUUCAGUAAGAAACUGACUGACAACACACUGUCAAAACAGAACACCGAUGUCAACCAUUUUGUAAACAUAGCCUAUGAUCACUUGAUAGAAGUUAUUGGUGUCACAGUGUUUCAACUCAUAGUGUAAAAUCUGUAUAUUUUGAUAAUACUUUCAUUUUUAUUACAUUGGUUUAGUUGCUGAUGAGACAGAUUGUUGCUCAGGCCUUUCAGUAUAGCAUUCAUAUCUGCAUAUUGCAAUCAAGAAAUCAAUAAGAUGAGCCCACGUGUCAUUUUUAGACUGUUUGCAAUAGUGCUUGUAGAGCUACACAUGUGAAUUCCUUUAUUUCUUUUACUGAAUCCAAAUACUAUUGACAGCAAUGUGUUAUCCUCAGAAAGUUAUCUCAGUUUUAGGCGUUAAACCUGUAAUAAUCAUCUUGAAGACAACAGAUGAUCAACGACUGAAAACCUGAAUAAUCUUAAUACUAGUAUUGUUCCUACUGGCACAGAGAGUUGCAAUAAAGGUUUCUUCUUUUAA